AUGACGUUAGUGACUAGGUGAACUCGGAGGAAAUUGUGGGUUGUUUGGUUAAAGUAGUUAAGUUACACCAAGUUGUUUUGAAAGUAGUGUAAUAAGAACUACCCUCUUAACAUACCCAAGUUUACAGUAUUCAAAAAUAGGCCAUUCUGUGUAUAUACUCUCGUGGUUUAUCCUUUUGAAAGGGAAAAUAACCGAAGACAAGUAAAGUAAAUAAUCAGUGGGACUUGUAAGAACUGUCAUACAUAGUAGGUUUACAUUAGGUUACGUUCUGCGUUCUCAGAACUCAUUUUCUUUAUAAAUAUUUCUACUGAAGUCAGCACUUCCGUCAUGUUCAAUGUGACGAAUCAUGACUCGUGACACUGAUCCACUGGUUUUCUGCGGACAAUAGAAUUAACACUGAAUUAGUAACUUUAGAAAAACGGUGCAACAAUAAGCAGAAACGUUGAAAAUUAAGUCUGUACGGAAGAGACUCGAUAACGUGGCUUAGUAAGGUGGGUAGCUAUGUUAACCUCUACUGAUCAGAGAGAUGACCAGCCCGAAUGGAUCCAAGAACUUCUGAAGAGGAAACAGACCCUGUAUAGGGCGGUGAACGCCGUCGAAAGAAGUCGUGUGACCACGACCAGCGAACCGUGUAAGCCUUCGCAUCGGCGUGUGAUUUCUCAAAGCGGAAAUGCUAGGGUAGAAUACCAGAGUGUUCACCCCAAGGAAAAGCGGUCUCUACCUUCGCCAGUAUCGUCGAUCAAAACUCCACAACCUCACUUCGAUUCUCGUAUUGCCAACAGCCGGAGAAAGGUCAGUAUUGGAGAACCAGGUUCGCCUGUUGUUUUUCCAACAAAAAAUAUCCACACUUGUCACCCAGAAAUGUGAACCACACAGUUAAUCGAAGUGACUCAUCGCGAAGGUCGAAACCUUCUCUUAGAAGUUCAGACUCAAAGAUUCGAGAUACUUACAACAUGGGCCACGCAGAAGCUCGUAAAGUUAAGACAACAGGGCAACCAACCAACACGCGGAAUUGCAAGCAAGCUUCAUCCUCAACUGUUAGUUCACCACACCCUUCGGACUCAGAAGAGAAAGAAUUCAAGUGGGGUCCAGGGAUAGUAAACAAACUGAAAUCGAAGUUUAUUAGUGAAACGUGGAAUAGUUAUACACAAGAAAAUUCAGAUAACAAGAUGACAUCUAGCAAAGUGGAAACCAGUGAAUUUCCACAGAAGCUGAUUUAUGCUGCUGACGCCCAAGAAGGUCAAGAGGGGUUUUACGUGGAUAAGAGAUCUGGAACAUUUACAAUUCGUUCUUCCAUCAACGAAAUAUCCAAAAGUACAGUUACUUUAUUUGGUGAAACAAAUUUACCGGUUCAAAGAAACUACAACCGUAGAAAGUCACCAGCCCUCAAAAGACUUGCAUCUCUUUCCGAACAUUUACCAAACUCGUUGCUUAUAAAUGAACGUAUAGUAAUCGUAGAACAUCCCAAACACACUGUAAAAUCUAGACAACAUUCACCAAAGGCCAGUGUUCGUGGAGAAAACAGAAGGAAUUCUACAGGUGGUUCAAACUACGAAGACAGCUCGUCACGUGACACUGUACGUUCUUGCAAACGAGUUUUUGAAACACUUAAGAAAAAUUCGCAGCAACAGACAAAACUCAGAAGAAAACCACCAGUAGUGAAAACACGAAAGGUCAAGCAAACCACACCCUCUGGCGGUACAGUACCGUUAAACACUUCACCGACAAUACAGGUGCAAAAUGAUAUAGUUGUCAAACCGGUCACCAAGCAAGCAAAUAAUGCCUACGUUACUAGACCUAGUCAGAGAAGUGGCUUGUCUAGAACUAGGUUAGUCAAGCUGGAGCCUUCUACAAGUGGCGCCACUGUAAAGUUUAUUUCUAAAUCCACUUUUACGAGGAGUCCAUCAGUUUCUUGUGAUGACGAAGAAGCCAUAAAUGGAGACAUUAAAGAGAAUGACUCUGUUGUUUCGCCUACAUCUAGAAAAUCAAGUAAAGAUCCCGAAUAUGGUGUAAGGUUAAUUUCUAGUGAAGCUUUGGAAAGAAUACGAUCUCAUGGUUCCACUAUGAUAUUUGGUGGAAAGAGCAAUUCAUAUGUGAAAUUACGAACUAAGCCUGACCCAAGAACCAUAACACGAACAAGAAAACCCAAGGCGCCUCUUCCACCACCUGUCUCUAAACAAGGUCCCACAUCAGAUUCCAAACCUGCAAUUUCUAGCCCAGUAACAACCCUUUCAGACACUCAGUUGUUGGUGUCAAAUGUCUCUACAACACCCAAACCUCAGCUAAGAGUGCCACUCAAACCACAAGAAAAUCGUCCACUGAUUGUUAAAAUAGACGAAUUCGAGGACCUCUCUGAAGCAGUGAAAGAUAAAAAUUCGACAUCGCACGCGACCAAAGCCCCCAAUAUUAUACAAAAUCAACAAGAAGAAAAGUCCGUUGAUGUUGUUCAGGAAUCAGAAGAAAAGUCCGUUGACGUUCAGGAAUCUGAAAUCCUUCGACCUAGCACACUUCUAGGGAACAAGGUUCCUCUGUGGCAAAAACCUCCUCCAGCCAACAAUACCAUAGUUUUUGAUUUUCGGGGUAAGAACGUGCAAGCAAAUGUAUCUCUACAACCAAAACCUUUUGGUGUAUCUUCUGGUUCCGUUGUUAGAAAAAAGAAACAAACAGGAAAAAGCGGCUUGCCAAACGGUAAUGACAGUGAAUUUGGAGAUAGUCCAGAUUACGAAGAUGAAGACUACGAUUCCAAUAGCGAAAAUCUUCCUGUUCUUUCAGGACUUGUAUUUAUUGGUGAGAAUACAAAAGUAGGAAAAAGUGCGUUCUUAGGAACUAAAAAUAAAAAGUUGAAAAUCCAGUUUGACGAAGAGCCUACAACAUUCACGUAUCCUUCUGAAUCAUUUCUCGUUUCCCAAAUGUUAAACGAAUAUGAAAAUAUUCCAGAAGGUAAUAUUUCAACAGGAUCAACCGAACAGUUAACUUCAACUUUAGCUAAUGGUGAAACGAACACUUUUAGCAGCUACGUACCGAGCAUGAUUAAUUCCAGUGACAAGUUCCAGCUAGGAGUUUCUCGCCCAUCUCAUCGACUGCCAUCCACCCCUAAUUAUAAAGAUGAAUUACCCACUCCGGUAGAUGAUGGGUUAAAAACAGCUUUUACCGAUGACAUUUCCUCUUGGUCAACGUCUUCGUCGACAUCGGAUCUUCUAUUUUAAGGUUUUUGUUUCAGGUAUCCUUGCCGUCGUAUGCAAAAAUAUCAAAUUGUUUAAAAAAUAUUGACGGAAGAUGUACUGUGUAGAACAGCAAAGAACCAUCAAAUGAAGAAACAUAUUUUUUAAGUUGUAACCAAAAUUUAUUGUAUAUAUAUACUUUGGCCUUUUUAUUCCAGUAAUAAAAUAUCGCCAAAUGUACUGGUUUGGUAAAAAAAAAAAAAAAAAACAGUCAGUUUUCUGAAGCAAACCAAUAUUUUAGGAGACAAUAGUGCAAUAUCAUCUAUUUUACUGUCAAAUGUUUAUCUGUUUAAUUCUGAUUUACAAUAAAUUGUAUAUUUGUGUCAAAUAUCAGACUCUCCAAUAUGAAGUGCAAGAUUAACAUACAUUUGUGAAUCGUGGUCAGAAGAGUGUGUUUAAUAUUUUCAAUCUGAACGACAUCUUAAUGCGAAUCAUGGGUAAACCAUUUACCAUUAACAUUCCUAAUUUAGAGCUGCUGACUACAGGAGUGGAGACCAGUCAGUACCACCCGCCUUUUUACGGCUACUGUUAACCGAAUACGGGAUUGACUGUUACGGUUAUAACACUCCUACAACUGAAAGUGUUGAGCGUGUUAAGCGGUAUAAUGCUGCUCGAACUUCAACCUUACCGACCCGUAGCUAGACAUGCUGACCACGAGGCCACUCUCAACCCAUGUGAAUUUGAACAUAUAAAAAAAGCUAAAUUUCAACAUGGAUUCGAUCAUAUAAAGAAGACUAACAUGGAUUCGAUCAUAUAAAGAAGAAGAAUUCCUUUAAUAUAAAACUCACUAUUUUCAUAGCCUAGUAGAAUUUAGAAGUUUAAUGAAAGAAUUAAUAGACUCGUUAAAAUAUGAAUAAAAAUUAUUUGUUUAAUUGAGUCAUCAAAAAAGUUCAGACAAGGCCCUUUUAAUGGAUUGUACUAUUAUUGAAGACCAUGAUCGUUGUAGUACAACUUUGGUGCUAGGACAAAAUAAGUUAUUAUUUUUUGUUUAUGUGAGCGUAAAUUAAGUGUAGUUUGAACUGAAACCCAUUUUUUCUAGUUCUUUCGUAGGUAUAAGUAUUGUUUUAAUGUUUUACUGUUGAGGUGUGAAGGUUUUGUGUAAACUCGAUUUUUUAUUCAGUGGGUGAAAUUUCUUGUGAAAUUCAUUUUUAAAAGUUGAUAACUUGUAAUUGUAUACAGGUCAUCACUAUUUUUAUACAAUUUGUUUUAAAACUUUGCUAUCUGAAUUAUCUGUAUUUGAUUUAGAUAUAAUCGAUUGUGUCUGCGUUAUUGUCUUUGGAACGAUUGCUACAGGGUGAGACAAAACAAGUGAUUAUACAGCUGUUUAAUUUGGAGCAUUUUUCUUAACCUGUGGUGCACGCGCCCCUUAUGGGUGCGAAACAUGUCGGCGUUUCCAUUACAAAUAGGGUUUCUCCCUCGGACUCCUGAGAUCACUUGAUACUAUACUUUUCAACCGUAACUAUGCGACAAAAGCCGUUACAAAUUCUCCCAAGCUAGUCGUUAAUGUUUCCAUGGGAAUGAAGCUUCUGUUAUAACUGAAACUGACAUGUAACUGUUCAGAACACAACGUAGUAUAAUACGUCAUAUGAUAGAUGGAAACAUUGACUUUCUAUUGAUAUAUAAUUAAACGUAAGAGAGAACUAUUAACAAAUCCCGAAAGGCAAAGGGUGCGAGGAUAUAUUCUAUAACCCGAAGGGGGCGGCUUCCCAAAAAGGUUAAGAACCACUGCUUUAGAGAAUAGCUUAAUCUAUAAAGUUUUGCUCUGAAAAAAAAAAGAUUAAAUUGAUUUCAAUUGUCCUCGCAAUAUUUUCUUUAGUGCUGACUGUAUAAUGCAAGUUAUACCAACUACAUAGUUUUUUGUUUGUUGUUAAACACAAAUAUAUGAGCUGUCUGUGCUCUGCCCACCGCGGAUAGCGAAACCCAAUUUUUAGUGUAUAAAACUUUCAGAUUUAUUUCUGAGCCGUCCCCCGGUGGAUUUGUAUGUUGUUAAGCACAACGCUACACGAGGUUAUCUGUGCUCUGCCCACCACGGGUAUCGAAACCCGGUUUCUAGCAUUAUAAAUCCGCAGACAUACCGCUGUGCCACUCGGGGCCCCGCCGGUGGAACAGCCAUAAGUUCACGGACCUACAACACUCAAAUCCUGGCUUCGAUUCCCCGCACGAUGGACACAACAUAUAGCCCAACUGGUUUUGCUCUAAAACAAACAAGCUUACUGCUAAGCCACCAGGGGGCCAACCACAUAGUACUAACUGUAUAGUAAGUUUUGCCCCACCCUGUAUAUUCCUAUAUCCAGCACCAGUAUUCGCUUUCCAUAGAUUAGCUGUGUUAACUCUGAACUUUGUAAUACCAUUCUUAUGUUAGUUAUCUCUGUGUUUGUUGUAUAUUAACUGGAUGUAGUUGACACGUGUGAAGUACUUAAGUGUAGGUCGCAUUUCUUGUUUCUCAUUCUCCUCGCCAUGAGCAAAUCAUAACGAUGGUCAUCAGGCUGAUAAUUAGCGAAAGUGUCUUCAGCAAAAAAAUUUUUGUUGUUUUUUAAAUAUAAUAAUAAAAGUAAAAAUGGUAGUAACUGUUAUGAGCUAUUUAAAAUAAAUAUUAUGGUUUUUGCUAAUAACAUAAUCCGCUUUAAUAUUUAUAAAUGAGCUUUUAAUAGCAAUAUUUGACGUCUUUAAUUCCACAGGCAAUGUAUUUUGCAAUAUUUAUGGAAAGGACAAGUUAGAGGGCGCUUAUGAUAGUUUUGUAACACUCUCAGCUCUGAGUAAUUUGUAUCUCGAUCCACAAUGCAAUUCGAUUCGCUUUCAAAACGAGAUUGGACGUUAUCUCAUUCGUCAUUCGAAACGACACGGAGGAUUUGAGAGAAAAGUUAUUUCGAAUCAAGUUAAUAUAUGGUAAGAAUUAAAUUACGUUCAUAGUGAAACCUGUAAACUGCUAAGACGACCCCCAGAUGAAGGAAGGCGAUCAAAUACAAAUAUGUCGUAUAUAUAUGAGUGCGAGUACAGUUCCAUCAAAUGUUCUUUUCUUGUGUUUAAUUACUGAUUAAAACAGGGUGUUUUGGUUUAGAUUUUCUAAGAUUCACUGGGUAAUUGGGAAACAUUUUAUUUGGUUAAAACGAUUCAGGAUGUAAUAUAUAUAUCGUGUGGCAUUAGGAAAUUUUACAACGUAUUGUGUAUCCAUUUUUGUUAUUAAUUAAUUAAUUACAGGAAUAAAAGAUACAACAUAAAA